UACAAAAGACUCAAUACACGGACAUACAAAGACAUGUCACAGUACAGAAAAACGAUUUACAUCCGAUAGUAUAUAUUUUACAUUUGGAUCCAAGCCCUGUUCAGCUUAGUAACAAGACAAUUCUUUAUCAAGCGGGUCUUAAUUUAAAAAAUUGACAAAAAUCUGCAGAGGACAAAAGGGUAUCGUAUUUGUUUGUGUGUAGAAAAAUCAAUGUGUUUUAAGUCAACUUUGUAAAUUGAUAACAGGAAAACUAAACAUAAAUUAAAAUGUAAUAUAUGGAUUUCUGCCAGUGUGGGUAUGAAGUGAGGAACGAAGACCCAACACUCAAGAAUUUUGCCGGAGGGACAUAAUAAUGAAACAACUUGAUUGAUAUUUUUGGAUUUGAAAAAAGGAGAUAUAAAUAUUAAUAAAUACAUAUCCGUGUUUUCAAGAUCGGAAUAAUGAGUGGAGUUGUUUUGCCACACAUUCCUGGUGCUCUACCAUCCUACACCAGAUCCCUACCCGCGGGAUUUGACUCAAGAUCUCGACCCUUGAGUUCGAGUAGUAAUGCGAGUGGUUAUACUGUAGUUCCUCACGUGUAUUAUGGAUCGCAUGAUAUAUGCAGUUUCCGUGGCCCCACACGGUCUAGUGGACGAUCAUACUCUAAAUUGCCCUCACUCAGACAUAAGGGAGGUCCCAGCAGUCUUAACUCGGAAAUAAGUUCACAAUAUUCUGCCAAGUAUAGAAGUACAUCAGAUCUCAGCCAAACAAAAGUAGCCAGCUCACCUUUCUUGCCCAAGUCUGACUCCGAAGAAUGUCUAAAAUGCUUGUUAAAGGUUCCUCACAAGAGGUGUGAAUCGCACAAGUAUAUCAGAGUGGGAGGAGGUUAUCGCCAUGGUUACUGGUAUGUUAAAACCCUGUUGGAGGAACUUGAAUUACAGAGACAACGAGAAUUGAUUCGUCAACAGAGAUUGCAAGCAAUAAAAGAAAAAGAGGUGAAAGCUAUCAAAACAUAUAUAAGAACUAAGAGUGGUCGUCUCAUAGAAAAAAUCAUAUUCUUAUCCGAAGAGGAUUAUGAAGCUUUCAAGGCAGGGAAAAAUGUCGCGGACAUUUUAUCAAAAUAUUUAUCGAAAGACGAGGCCGCCGGUUUGGAAUCAUGGGACAAGGAUGAAGUCAAAGCUAUCAAAACGUAUGUCAGAACCAAGAGUGGCAGGCUGAUAGAAAAAGUUGUCUACGUUUCUAAAUCUGACUAUGACGCAAUCACAAGCGGCCAAGCAGACGCCAAAGAUCUAUUAAAGAAAUAUGCUGGCGAAGGUGAAGUUAUAGAAGGAUGGGACGAAGCCAAGAUGAAAACGAUUAAAACCUAUGUCCGAACAAAAAGUGGACGACUUAUUGAGAAAACAAUAAUGAUAUCACAAGAAGAUUAUGACGCAAUGAUUAGAGAUGGAAAGAAUCCGAACGAUAUCCUUAAAAAAUAUCUGUCACUUGAUGAUGGCGAACAAUUUGAAUCGUGGACUAGUGCUGAACCAAUGAAAGCCAUCAAAACGAUGGUUCGAACAAAAAGUGGACGAUUAAUUGAAAAGACAGUUUAUGUCUCUGCAGAGGACUAUGAUAAAUUAGUAGCAGGUGGCGGAGACAUGAAUGAAAUUCUUGGGAAAUAUAUGAACGAUGAUGAUGGUAAGAUAGAAGGAUGGGAAAAAGCUCCAUCAAAUCCCAUGAAAGUUGUUAAAACAUACAUUAGAACCAAAAGUGGUAGACUAAUUGAAAAACAAAUUCUGCUAACUGAAGAGGAAUUUAGAAAAUUUCAAGAAUCUGGAGGUGAUCCAAAUUUCCUCAAACAGUUUAUAAAGUUAGAAGCGGGUGAAGUGAUUGACAGCUGGGAGAAAGCAUCAACAGUAUACUCUGCCGGGUCAGAUGUUAGAAAUGCUAAGGAAGGACAACGUAUUGUCGGAAAAGAUGGCGAAAUCUAUGAGGUUGUGGUAGAUCCUAUUACCGGAAAGAAAUACAAAAAGCGAGUUGGAGGAAAAGAAUCUGAUAUAGAUAGUGGGUUUGCGUCGAUGCAAAAAGGGAAGAAAGGAAAAGGCGGAAAGGAAGAAACAGCAGAGGAAAGAAAAAAACGAAAACAAGGUGGUCGAGAUGCUGGUAGUGACAGUGACUACAGUUAUAGAAGUGUUGUUAGUGCUGGAGGUACUCGACAUGUUCGACGCCGACGUAAGCAUGCCGAUGGCACUUACAGUGAUAGCGAAUCGUACCAUAGUGACGCGGACCCAGAAGGAGCAGCCAGACGUAGGCGCAGAAGGCGUGAAAGAGAACAUCAAAACAGUGCGCAUAGUUAUUAUAGUGUGACAAGUGAAGGUGGCACGAGAACUGUUCGAAGAAAAAAGAAAAAUGCUGACGGAACAUAUGGAGACUCGGAAUCGUACCACAGCGAGGACAGUCAUAAAGAAGGAGGCGGUCUAGCAGAACGAAAAAAGAAACAAAAAGAAAAGACCGAGAGGGAAGAGGCCGAAAAACGAAGAAAAGCUAGAAAGGAGAGGCAUGGUAGUGGAAGUGAUCAUAGUUACUUUAGUGAAACUAGCGAAGGUGGCACACGCACUCUUAAAAGAAAGAAGAAAAUCAGAGAUGAACAUGGCAAUGUAAUUGGUUAUGGCGAUGUUGAAGCAUAUCAUUCUGGUUAGUGUGAAACAAAAAGUUUUAAUAUUAA